AUGACAAACGGUGGCAGCAAUAAUACAAAUCCUAAUGGAGCUAAUGAUCCACUAGAUAGUUUUAAUCUUUUUCAUAAUCGAACUCCUGUUUGGUCAACAUUAAAUCCAUCAGGAUCUGAUCACUAUUGGAACGAAUCGUUAAUUUCACCAUCUCAUCGUCCAUGGUCAUCAGAGUCCUUCGGUACAGAUAUCGGUGGAGAUGAAUUACCUUAUCCAAGACAAUUAAAUCCUCAUCAAAAUCAUGAUUUUAGCCCAUUACCAUCAUCACCGGCAAAUCUAUUAAAUGGUACUAAUCAUCAUAUAAGUCAAACAGGGCGUUUUCAAUUUCCAAACGACUCAUCAUCAUCACCUUAUUGUUCUCAGCAGUUACCUCUAAUAUCAUCAUGCUUUAAUGAUUCAUUAUAUGAUCCAUCACCAUCAUCAACAUCAAAUCUAUUCUCAAAUGAACUCGAUCGUCGUAGCAUUAACCAUAACAAUAAUAGCAACAACAACAACAACAACAAUAAUAAUAAUAAUCUACUUGGUACUCGCCAGUCGUUGGAUAGUCAAAAAUUAAGUUUAGAUCAAAUGGUUAAUCGUUUCAAUGAUCUACAAUUACAACCGCCAUCAUCGUCGUCGUCAUCAUCGUUUCCGAAUUCAUUUUUAUCGCAAGCAACAAAUGAUCAGCAACAAUUAUUAUCACCAUUCUAUUAUCAACCAUCAUCGCCAUUUACGAAUCAUUUGUACAUGAAUUCAUCAUCACAAUAUCAACAAAAUGGUCCACCACAUUCAUUACCAAAUUCGGCAACAACAUCAAAUAUGUUCAAUGAUCGUUAUGAUCAUAACGAUGGUUAUUUACCAUUUUCGAAUAAUUCAUCAUAUUUAUCGAAUAUGCGUUUUUCACCCAAUCAAGCUUAUCGUACAACAAAAAGUGGUAAGCAACAAAUUGGGCCUGAAAAUUCAAAUUUAUUCAUAUGCCAUUUACCGCAAGAAACAACGGAUCAAUCAUUAAUGAAUUUAUUUUCACAAUUUGGUACUGUUUUAUCGGCGAAGGUAUUUGUUGAUAAAAAAACGAAUCAAUCGAAAUGUUUCGGUUUUGUUUCAUUUGAUAAUCCUUCAUCAGCACAACAAGCUAUAUUAAGCAUGGAUGGAUUUAGUGUAGGUCCAAAACGGCUGAAGGUCGAAUUGAAAAAGCCCCGUCGUAAUUCAUAG